AUGGGGGCUAUGAUAGCCAGCCUAAGAAACGAUAAUCGACAGCAACAAAAGGGUAUCGACUGGACUCAAAAUGUCAACGCGUUGGCUGAACUAGCUGCAGCUUAUGAAACCGACCUGGGAAGAACUGUGCCGGUCGGGAUUUUGCCCAAGCCGAGCAUAAAAGCUCAGGAGGCAAUGGAUACCGACAAACAAGGGCAACCAGAAGAAAACUGGAUGAGCCCUUUGAUCAAGACCUCCCCACAAGGAAAGGGCCAGACCAAAUUUGCAAUGGUGGCAGUCGACUAUUUCACCAAGUGGGCCAAAACCAAAGCCCUAUCUACAAUUACGGAGAAGAAGUUCGACGAUGCUACCUUUCGAGAAUUUUGUAAGGAGCUGGACAUUAAGCAUAUCUGUUCUUCGCCAGCGCACCAGCAAGCUAAUGGGCAAGUUGAAGCAGUCAACAAAAUCAUCAAAAUAACUCUAGAAACCAGAUCAGAAGAGCUUAUAAAAGGAUUAUGGGCAGAAGAAAUUCCCAAUGCGUUAUGGGCCUACAGAACAACACCCUGUACAUCAACGGGAGAGACGCCAUUCUCGCUGUCAUUUGGUUCUGAGGCGGUAGUGCUGGUGGAAAUUGGUCUUCUUUCCCCAAAGGUAGAGUAG